ACCACAUCUAAGAGUAGGUUUUACGCUACUCUCGCAUUUAGCUGCUGCUCACGUCAUCCUCGAGACUCCUAAGCCCUUUCGUUUUGUUCAAUAUGGACCGAGUAAUCCAAUUUCACCAACGGGCUCGGACUUUCCUUGUAAAAUACCAGCUGGCAAAACAUUUGAACUUGACGGCAUGCCAACAGUUAUGGCCAUAGGAGAUGAACAGACAACUACGUUUUCUGGCAACGCGGUACACGGGGGAGGCUCUUGUCAACUAAGCCUGGCAGGUCCGGUCCACAACGGUUCUUGGGCAGAUUACCCCUUAAGGAAUUCCAACUGGAAAGUAAUCCAUUCAAUUGAAGGUGGGUGUCCAGCGCGCAACCAAAAAGGAAACAUUGAUGGCCCAAAUCCGAAUAAGUACUCAUUCAAGAUACCGGAAGGGAUCGAGCCUGGAGACUACAUAUUUUCAUGGACUUGGCUAGCUCGAAUCGGCGGGGAACCGGAAUACUACCAAAAUUGCGCCCCGGUAACUGUAACCCCCUCCAAGAUCAAACGCAAGACUAAAUCAGAGCGUCGAGCAUAUCUUGCUAGGAGGACGGAGUUUCCCGAGCUCUUCAUGGCCAACAUGGGAGAAGUCUCAGGAGGUUGUACAACUGAAGAUGCUUUGAGAGAACAGCUUGCUAUUGCGUUCCCCGAUCCGGGUCUCUCAGUUGACCACCCAGAAGGGACCGCGAAUUUGUUUAAGCAGCAAUGCGAUGGGAACCCGCGGGCGAGAAAGGGUCAGGGCGAAAAUUUUGAGGCUAAACCGACCUCUACGCUAACGGAAGGAUCAUCGCCCGUCUUCUCUUCUACUUCAGCCUCCGUUACUUCAGCUUCUUCGACAACCUCGUCAUCGUCCGCUAAGGUAAUAUCGACCCUCACAUCUGAUCCAGUAGUAAUUACUACCUCGCCUUUUGAAACAUGUAUCGAGGGCCAUCUUACUUGUCUUGAAGACAGCACUCAUUUUGCAAUAUGUACUGGUGGGCAGCUAACGGCUCCCCAGCCUGUACCGGCUGGAUUCAAGUGUAGGGCUGGGUCUAGUAUCGGACUUGACACUUACCCAGCAUAACGUUCUUUUCC